UGACGCCUGGAUCUCAGUCGAAUGCGAUCACUUCCCAAUUCUCAGCAUUCGGCAGUCGCCUAUUGCCCGACUUCCGUGAUAGCCAGGGGGACCGCCAGAAACGGUCUCGGGCCAGACGGAGUUGAGAGUGACAAUACUACUCUGUAUGUUGUUAUAUCGAACUAGCACUGACUAGAUAUUUGUCAGAAUGAGGAUCUUGUAUAAUAUGAUUUAGCAAGAAAACAGAAUGUUUUCCGAUUGCGUGGCCAACCUGGUCGUACGCCAAGGGGCAGUACAUAUGACGUCUGUCUGACUCUCCACUCAGUAUUAAUUAUCAACCGUGUUGAAUGCUGCUCUGGCCUGAAAGCGCUUCUUCCUAUUCUUACCCAAUUACGAAUGAAAUGCUCCUUUUGACUUUGACUCAGUUACUUUCAUAUGUGUACCGUGCAGCAUGGUCAGGCAAUGGAACGCGUUGGCCACCGGCCCUACUGGCCAGGAUAUAAUGGGCAAUUGCAACACUAAUCCCCAAAGACGGUCUUGUCUUGUGAGAGGAUCAGGAUUUAAGGAUGACCCCGUAACUGCGGAAGCUGAGAAAAGACGUCGGGAGCUUAAAACCAAAAUCCUUGCCGGGGUGAAAGAUUUUAAUGUCGAGCAGUAUCGAAAGACUCAUGAGGAGUUGAAAUUGAUUGAGAACAAGUAUAUUCGAGCGUUUUACGAAACGCAGAAUCUUAAAUUGAACGAUUGGGCUGAAGUCGAUAGCCUUGUCUGCUCCUUAGCUGAUGACGUGGUUGAUAGCACCAACCCGGAUGCAAACCACGAUGGAAUUUUUGACAGAGAUACACCACUUCAUCUCACAGGAUAUGAUCUGGAGGCUUUUCUGCCAUCUGAAGAGCGAGAGAAGCGCUCUAAAAAUAAUCGGACUGCAAAAAGAGCUUUGAACAUCAACAUGCUGGCGAACAUCCUUCUUUUGAUAGCAAAAAUAAUUGCAGUGCUGUCUACGCACUCACUUGCUCUAAUUGCUUCCCUUACAGAUUCUGCUUUAGACCUUUUGUGUACAGUGAUUAUUUGGACAACAGAUCGCCUGGCCAAUUGGAAGAAGCAAGCUCUGUAUAUGAAGUUCCCAGCUGGCCGUCGCCGACUAGAGCCGCUGGGCGUCCUGGUGUUCUCAAUUCUUAUGGUAGUUUCAUUUUUUCAGAUACUGCAAGAAUCUAUCAGCAAGCUCCUCCCAUCCGGUGACCACAGCACCCUCAAAUUACCAAGGCUUGCUAUCUGGGCAAUGGUUGGGAAUAUCGUCGUUAAGGGGCUAGUUGGCCUAUAUUACUUUAGAUUCAAGAGUCCACAGGUACAGGCUUUGGUUCAAGAUUGUAAGACAGAUGUUUAUUUCAAUUUAUGUUCUCUCCUCUUCCCUUUGAUUGGAUAUCAAUUGGACAUGUGGUAUCUAGACCCCUCAGGAGCGACACUUCUAUCACUCUACGUUAUAUACGACUGGGCACAUACUACACUUUCAACAAUUACCAGGUUGACAGGUGCUGCAGUACCGGCCCACGUGGCGAAAAAAAUGAUGUACCUCGCUUGGCGGUUUUCUCCUGUCAUCGGAUCUUAUAAAUCGAUGACGGCCUACUACCUCGGAGACGGCAUCAUUGUUGAGGUCGAAAUAACGCUGGAUGAGAACACUUCUCUGUGCCAAGCUCACGAUAUCUGUCAAACAAUACAGUACUGCUUCGAAGGACUAGCGGAAGUUGACAGAAGUUUUGUGACGGCAGACUAUAGCUCGCUUGGACUUCGGGACCAUGCUGCAUGACCCCGAAGGCUGCUGGUGUCGCUUGGAGACGUCAAGCUUACAUGCUGUUUAACAGGAAGGGCACGUUCAGGUCGUAGGAAUAUAUUCUCUUAUCUUGUGAGGGUAGAGGUACCAUCGAAAGCGUCACCAUCAGAAUAGCCAUUGAUUUUCAUUGACCUUCCCAAUAGCGAAAGGUUUCAAGAA